AACACUUUUCCCCUGCUAUAAAUACAAUAGCCUACCACCUCCAUUUUCACAAGCUCAAAUUCCUCACCUUCUUUUCAUCUACUCAAAACCUUCCUCUCAACCCCAACCUCAAGAAACCCCAAAAGGAAAAAAAAUUAAAAAAUGAGAACCUUAACUGCCAUCUCUGCAACAACAGCAACAAAAUCUUCAUUGGAAUCAUUGCCGCCAACACCAGCCAUGGCUGUUCAGCAGCAGCGCUCGCCAUGGCACUCUCCGGUGCCAUACCUCUUCGGAGGCCUCGCAGCGAUGCUGGGUCUUAUUGCUUUUGCUCUGUUGAUCCUGGCCUGCUCUUACUGGAAGCUUUCGAGCCGAUUGGAAGACAGAGAAGGAGGCGAAAGGGACUUGGAGAGUGGCGGUGGUGAUGAGAAAGAUCAAGGCGAUGAGUCUAGCAAGACAGUGAAGGUUUUUGAAGAGAAGAUUUUGGUGAUAAUGGCUGGAAAUGAGAACGCAACAUUUUUGGCGACGCCUGUUUCAUUGUGCUCUAAAGUUGCCUCCUUUGGUGCUGAUAAGCACGUUGUUGAUGAACAGGGAGAGAGUAAAGAUGGUAAUAAAGAAGAGAGUUCUUCUGAGAAAAUGAAAGAGGAAUUGGGAGCCCAGCAUCUUGAUGAAGCGGUGAGUAGUAUUCAAAACAGCGAUACAGAAACCCAACAGGGGCAAUUCAAAGAAGAAGAAUCCCACCACCAUCAAAACCAGUGAGCUCACUGAGCCUGCUCUGUUUCAGUUUUUGCAUAUCUCCAGAGAGACAGAGUGUUCUGUUUUUUUGUUUCCCCUGGUUCUACUUUUAAAAAAAAUAUUUUUCUGGUGGGUUUUUUUCUAUUUUGAAUCGGGAAAUGUAAAUUUUGAAGAGAUGAAUUAGUUGAUGAGAUUGGAAAUUAAAAGGAAUUAAAUUUUGUUGA